UGACAGCACCGUUUCCGGUUUAUGGUUACCAAGGGAGACCGGUCUAAACUCCCAAAUGCUGAGCUGAUGAGAGUUCACCUAGCUAUUAGCUAACUCCUAACUUUUGUAUCUUACUGAAUGAGAUCGAUAGAAAACGUCCAAUAAACCGACUGCUGCGAUGUGAACGGCAGCAGACGGAUCUUUGAAUGUGCUGCACUGCUCUGCGUGCAUUAGCAUCAGCAUUAGCUCCGUCCACUCAGUCUGCAGGGCUAAUCUAACGGGGUUUCCAAGCAGUGUUUUUAGCCCUAGUUAAGUUUAGACAAUGUUCGUCUCAUAAUUAUUAUACAUCGAAAUAGUUCGUCGAGCAAAAGUAUUGACAUCCUAACUGACCUGCCUACGUCAGAUCGAGGGGUCUGCAUCCCGACCACUCGCCAUGUUCAUCUAUCUCAGCAAGAAGAUCGCGAUCCCUAACAAUAUCCAUCUGAAGUGUGUCUCCUGGAACAAAGACCAAGGCUUCAUUGCCUGUGGAGGGGACGAUGGCCUCCUCAGGGUCCUCAAACUGGAGACCCAAACAGAUGAUGCCAAACUCAAAGGCCUCGCCGCACCCAGUAAUCUGUCGAUGAAUCAGACUCUAGAGGGACACAGUGGCGCAGUGCAAGUGGUCACUUGGAACGAACAGUAUCAGAAGUUGACGACCAGUGACCAGAAUGGGCUCAUCAUUGUGUGGAUGCUGUAUAAAGGCUCGUGGUACGAGGAGAUGAUCAACAACAGGAACAAGUCGGUGGUGAGAAGCAUGAGCUGGAACGCCGACGGCCAGAAGAUCUGCAUCGUGUACGAAGACGGGGCGGUCAUCGUGGGAUCAGUGGACGGUAACCGGAUUUGGGGUAAGGAGCUGAAAGGCAUUCAGCUGGCCCACGUGGCCUGGUCACCUGACAGCAAGAUCCUGCUGUACGGAAUGGCCAACGGAGAGGUGCACGUCUACGACAACCAGGGCAACUUCAUAGUAAAGAUGACGGUGGGCUUUCUGAACAAUGGGAACGGAGCCAUCAGCAUCGCGGGCAUCCACUGGUACGCCGGAGCCGAAGGCUACGUGGAGCCCGACUGCCCCUGCCUCGCCAUCUGCUUCGACAACGGCCGCUGCCAGAUCAUGCGCUACGAGAGUGACGAAAACCCGGUGUACAUAGACACGCUGAUGACCGUGGUGAGCAUCCAGUGGAACCAGAGCGGCAGCGUGCUGGCUGUGGGGGGCUCGCUGCGGGCCCCCGCGUCCGACAAGGAGGUCAACGCGGUCCAGUUCUACACGCCCUUUGGAGAGCACUUGAGGACUCUGAAGGUGCCGGGCAAGCAGAUGACGGCGGUGGCCUGGGAGGGCGGGGGGCUGCGUAUCGGCCUGGCUGUGGACUCCUACAUCUACUUCGCCAACAUUAGGCCAGAUUAUAAGUGGGGGUACUGCUCCAGCACUGUGGUUUAUGCCUACACUAAGCCAGAGAGGCAGGAGUACUGCGUGGUCUUCUGGGACACCAAGAACAACGAGAAGUUCAUCAAGUACGUCAAGAGCCUGCUGUCCAUCACCACCUCGGGAGACUUCUGCAUCCUGGCCACCAAGGCAGACGAGAACCACCCCCAGGAGGAUACUGAGAUAGAGCCGGGCAGUCGGGCCAGGUACGUGCUGGUCCUGUGCAACUCCAUCGGGACACCUUUGGAUUCAAAGUACAUUGAUAUCGAUCCGCUCUACGUCACCAUGACCAAGACGCAUGUGAUCGCAGCGUCCAAGGAGGCCUUCUACACGUGGCAGUACCGCGUGGCCAAGAAACUGACCGCUCUGGAGAUCAACCAGGUCACCAGAACCAGGAAGGAGGGCAGGGAAAGACUGUACCAUAUCGACAACGCCCCGUCCAGUGCUGGGGGGGAGAGUGGAGGAGGAGGGCUGGAUUACACCACAGCCUUCACAGCGACGCGAGAUCCCAUCUGCUGUACUACUGCGACCGAUAAGACGCUCCUGCUGGGCCGUGAGUCGGGCACCGUGCACAGAUACAGCCUCCCUACCAUGGUCCUGGUCCAGAAAUACACUCUGAACAACAGGGCCUACCAUCUGUCCCUGAACUGCAACUCCAGUCGCCUGGCGGUCAUCGACGUGGCCGGCGUGCUGACCCUGUUGGAUGUGGAGGCUCACGGCCCCCCCACCGACAGCCCCGGGGGCCGCGGGGGCGGGGCCAGCGCCGCGGCCGGAGAUCCGUCCAAGUUCGAGCGCAAGGACGUCUGGGACAUGAAGUGGGCCAACGACAACCCGGACCUGUUCUCCAUGAUGGAGAAGACCCGGAUGUACGUCUUCAGGAACCUGGACCCGGAGGAGCCCAUUCAAACAUCUGGAUACAUCUGCAACUUUGAGGAUCUGGAGAUCAAAUCUGUCCUGCUUGACGAGAUCAUGAAGGAACCAGAGAUGCCCAACAAGGACUACCUCAUCAACUUUGAGAUCCGCUCCCUGAGGGACAGCCGGGCCCUCAUAGAGAAAGUGGGGAUCAAAGACGCCUCGCUGUUCAUCGAGGACAACCCGCACCCCAGGCUCUGGCGACUUCUGGCGGAGGCAGCCCUCCAGCAGCUGGACAUGAAGACGGCGGAGCAGGCGUUCGUCCACUGCAAGGACUACCAAGGCAUCGAGCUGGUCAAGAGGCUGGCCAAGCUCCAGAGCGAGGCCAUGAAGCAGGCCGAGGUGGCGGCCUACUUCAGCCGCUUCGAGGAGGCCGAGCGGAUGUACCUCGACAUGGACCGCAGGGACCUGGCCAUCAGCCUUCGGAUCAAGCUGGGCGACUGGUUCCGCGUGCUGCAGCUGCUCACCACGGGCUCGGGGGACUCUGACGACGCUCUGCUGGAGCAGGCCCACAACGCCAUCGGGGACUACUUCGCUGACCGCCAGAAGUGGCAGAACGCGUUGCAGUACUACCUACGGGGACGGAACCAGGAGCGGUUGGCCGAGUGCUACUACAUGCUGGAGGACUAUGACGGCCUGGAGAAACUCUGCGUCUCCCUGCCCGAGAACCACAAACUGCUACCAGACGUUGGCCAGAUGUUUGUCACCGUGGGCUUGUGUAACCAGGCGGUGAAGGCCUACCUGAGGUGCAGCCAGCCCAAGGCGGCGGUGGACGUGUGCGUGCAUCUCAACCAGUGGAACAAGGCGGUGGAGCUGGCCAAGUCCUACAACAUGAAGGAGAUCAAGUCCCUGCUGGCCAAGUACGCGUCUCAUCUGCUGGAGAAGAACAAGACCCUGGAGGCGGUGGAGCUCUACCGCAAGGCCCACCACUUCCUGGACGCCGCCAAGCUCAUGUUCACGAUCGCAGGCGAGGAGGCCAAGAAGAGGAGCAGACCGCUGAGGGUGAAGAAGCUGUACGUGUUGGCAGCGCUGCUGGCCAACGACCACCACGAGCAGGUCAAGGCCUCCCAGCUCACCAAGGCCAAGGGGAGCAAGUCGGAGGCCACGUCGGCGCUGGACGGGCUCUUGGAGGAAGACGCCACGCCCGCGGACAACCGCGUGGUGGACAACCCCUGGCGCGGUGCCCAGGCCUACCACUUCUUCCUGCUGGCCCAGAGGCAGCUGACAGACGGCCACACGGAGGACGCCGUGCGGACCGCCCUCCACCUACGGGACUACGAGGACACGAUCCCGGCGGUGGAGAUCUACUCCCUGCUGGCCGUGUGCUCGGCGGCCAGCAGGGCCUUCUACACCUGCUCCCAGGCCUUCAUGAAGCUGGAGUCCCUGGAGAGCCUGGAGCCCGAGCAGAGGCAGCAGUACGAGGACCUGGCCUUCGAGAUCUUCACCAAGCACAGCCCCAAGGACAGCCGCCCUCUGGAGCCCCACAGCGCCCCCGAGGGGACGGACGGAAAGCUGCCGACGUGCAUCGUGACGGGACGGCCCAUCCAAGAGUUUCAGUUCUGGAUGUGCACCGUGUGCAAACACUGCGCCACGGAGCAGGAGAUCAGCAAAUAUAACUUCUGCCCGCUGUGCCACUCCUCUCUGGCCUGAAGACAAUCACGUCAUUUUAUUCAACGCUCAAUGUUCUUGCUGUACAUAUAUUUUUUCAUUAAACAUUGUUUAUGCCUUUCA